AUGCUUACUGAAGAGCAGAAGAAGAUAUAUGAUGAGAUCAUAGACUCUGUUUUCAAAGAUAAAGGUGGAGUAUUUUUCUUAUAUAGUUUUGGUGGAACUGGUAAAACAUUCAUUUGGAAAGUUUUAUCUGCAUCUGUCAGGAUCAGGGGCGAAAUAGUGUUAAAUACUGCAUCUAGCGGGAUAGCCUCUCUUUUGUUAGAAGGUGGCAGAACAGCUCAUUCAAGGUUUGUCGUUCCUCUUGAAGUUCAUGAUACUUCUAUGUGCAGAAUGUCAAGGUCUUCUGAUUUAGGUGAAUUAGUCCAAGAAGCCAAGUUGAUAAUUUGGGACGAAGCUCCAAUGAUGAGUAAAUACUGCUUUGAGACUUUAGAUAGAAGUUUGAAAGAUAUAAUGCGUGAUCCAGAAGAUAAAACUUUUGGGGGAAAUGUUAUUUUUGGUGGUGAUUUCCGUCAGAUACUUCCUGUUAUUGUUGGUGCUGGUCGAGAACAAAUAGUUAACUCAUCGCUGAACUCAUCUUACCUUUGGAAUCAGUGUAAAGUCUUAAGGCUAACAAGAAAUAUGAGGUUGCUGCAAAAGAUUACUCCAAAUGAAGCCAGGGAGAUUGAAGAGUUCUCGAAAUGGAUUCUUGAUGUUGGAGAAGGAAGACUUAAUGAGCCAAAUGAUGGAGUUGUUGAUAUUGACAUCCCAGAAGAAUUGCUUAUCAUAUAA